AUGAAGUGCACGGCAGGCGAUGGCAACGCUCCAGCCUGUGUCCGGGCAGCGUUGGGAUGCACAGCAGGCGAUGGCAACGCUCCAGCCUGUGCCCGGGCAGCGUUGGGAUGCACGGCAGGCGAUGGCAACGCUCCAGCCUGUGCCCGGGCAGCGUUGGGAUGCACGGCAGGCGAUGGCAACGCUCCAGCCUGUGCCCGGACAGCGUUGGGAUGCACAGCAGGCGAUGGCAACGCUCCAGCCUGUGCCCGGGCAGCGUUGGGAUGCACAGCAGGCGGUGGCAACGCUCCAGCCUGUGCCCGGGCAGCGUUGGGAUGCACAGCAGGCGAUGGCAACGCUCCAGCCUGUGCCCGGGCAGCGUUGGGAUGCACAGCAGGCGGUGGCAACGCUCCAGCCUGUGCCUGGGCAGCGUUGGGAUGCACAGCAGGCGAUGGCAACGCUCCAGCCUGUGCCCGGCAAGCGUUGGGAUGCACAGCAGGCGAUGGCAACGCUCCAGUAUAG